AUGAGCAUGUAUUCCGGAAAAAUACCAAUUGUGAGCUUUUGCAAGAAGGUGUUUGAGGGUCCUGAAAAUUCUAAUAAAAUUUGGAUGUCCGACGUGAGUUGUGGCAGCAGCAGCAGCAGCAGUUUCAACGCUCAAACCGAGCGUCAGGCUCGGAUAGUCGGUGGCGAGAACGCAGUGCCCCGCGAAUUUCCCUGGCUCGUGAGCAUCACUCGCAAAGGCGGACACUUCUGCGGCGGCAGCAUAAUCAAUUCGAAAUUCGUAUUGACGGCCGCUCACUGCUUCUGCUCGAGAAACGCCAUGAUGCCGGUCAAGCAGCUGAGAAUCACGCUCGGGGAGCACGACCUGCAGGCCCCCGAGGAGCCGAGGUCGCUGAGCAGCGGCGUCGAUCGCCUCAUCGUACACGAGGACUUCGAGUGCGGUAAGUGGAGCAACGACAUCGCUCUGCUUGAGCUCAGCUCGAGGAUCCUCUGGUCGGACAGCGUGAAGCCGGCCUGUCUGCCCGCGUCCGACGCGCCGAGAUCGUUCGAGGGCGAGCCCGCCGUGGCCGCUGGAUGGGGAUGGCUCGGCGAGGACAUGGCCACAGCCGGCAAAGCGUCGAUCCUGCAAAAAGUCGACGUCAAUGUCAUCGAGGACCGAAUGUGCAGCCAGUGGUACGCCAGCCAAGGCAAAUCGUUCCGCGUGAAAUACGGUCAGAUGUGCGCCGGACACGAGUUCGGAGGCAGGGAUGCUUGUGGGGCCGACAGCGGAGGUCCACUCAUGUACUCGAGCGACAAUAAGAUCAUAGUUAUAGGAAUCGUCUCGUCUGGUAUUGGAUGCGCCAGGAAGAGGCUACCCGGAAUCUACACCAGAGUAUCGGAGUUCGUGCCUUGGAUCGUUAAAAAUCUACGCGGAGGGUGAUUACUCUGCCAUUA